AUGGUUGAUUUGGAGAGCGAAGUACCCCCUCUUCCCCCGAAGUAUAGAUUCAGAGACUUACUCCUCGGGGACCAGAAUUUACUAAAUGAUGACAGGGUGCAAGUAGAAUUUUACGCCAAUGAAAGUACUUUCAAAGAGAGACGUAAACUGUUCUUCAUCAAAAACCAAAGAUCAAGCCUGAGAAGACGAGUGUUCGACUUCUCCAUAAAGGUCCUGAGCUGUGCCCUAUACAUGUGUCGUGUGUUGACAGACGACCCAUCCGAAGGACAUGGCUGCAUCUGUGGCUUCCAGCACCUGGAGCGGGCGGGCAAGAAGCUGACGGUGUUCGACUCCUGGUACUUCUGCGUCGUCACCUUCUCCACAGUGGGCUACGGCGACGUCACGCCCAACGUGUGGCCCUCCAAGCUGCUGGUGAUCAUCAUGAUCUCUGUAGCCCUGGUGGUGCUGCCCAUACAGGACUACUAUGUCAUCAUCCUGUGUCCAACAGAGAUGGACGCCCAGGUGCGCCGGGUGCUCCAGAUCCCCCUGUGGUCCCAGCGGGUCAUCUACCUCCAGGGAUCGGCCCUCAAGGACCAGGACCUCAUACGAGCCAAAAUGGACAAUGCAGAGGCUUGUUUCAUCCUAAGCAGUCGCUGUGAGGUGGUCCGCACCGCCGCAGUACGUACCUCAACCUCUAUCAAUGUGCAGACACUGUUCAGGUUGUUCUCCAGUCUCAGUAUCAUCACCGAGCUGACCCACCCCGCCAACAUGAGGUUUAUGCAGUUCAGAGCUCAGGACCGGUACUCUCUGGCUCUCUCUAAACUGGAGAAGAAAGAGCGGGAGAAAGGCUCCAACCUGGCCUUCAUGUUUCGCCUGCCGUUUGCUGCAGGGAGGGUCUUCAGUAUCAGCAUGCUGGACACUCUCCUCUACCAGUCGUUUGUCAAAGACUAUAUUAUCUCCAUCACCAGGCUGCUGCUGGGCCUGGACACCACCCCGGGCUCUGGAUUCCUCUGCUCUAUGCAGAUCUCUGAGGAUGACCUGUGGAUCCAGACGUAUGGAAGGCUCUAUCAGAAACUGUGUUCCACCGUCGGAGAUAUUCCCAUCGGCAUCUACAGGACCGAGUCCCAGACAGCAGAUUCCUCUGAGGAGUCACAGCUCUCAGUGUGCGUGGAGGACUUAGACGACCCCAAGGAGCAGAGAGACCGAGAGCUCCCCCCUGUGGCCGGAGGGCUCCACCGCAGCUCCACCUCCAGCGACCCAUCGGAUGGGAAGGCUCCCCUGCUGAGGAGGAAGAGCGUGCAGUGGGCGCGGAAGCUGAGCCGGAGGGGGAGGGAUGUUUUUGGGGGGAUUGCAAGUUGUAUUUCCAAGGCCUGGAACAAAAUACGUUAUGUGUUUGAAACAUGACACUUAGUCUUUAUGGAUGGAUGGACAGACAGACUAACAACGGAGAUGAUUGUCAUGUAAUUUACUAUGCCAGCCUUUUGACAGACCAAAACAGACAAUGGUGAAUGUAUACAAUUUUAUCCGUAUUCAUGUGGCCAAAGCCUGAAGCUACGCAUUCAUCAGUGUCCAUUUAUGUCCGUUAAUGUCCGUCAAUCUCUUGUCAACUAUUUUCCGAUCAGUUGCAUAGACAAAUAGGCAGUAUGUCUUUUGUCGGACAAUCAUCUCUAAUGUCCAUCAUCUGUCAAAAGAUAACUUCCAUUGAAAAACCAUUUGCUCAAUCAGACAUUUUCUGACACAAUCUUUUCUAUUGCCGUAGCCUAAAUCAUUGGACGUUUCAAUAUGAUUGUAAUUGUUUCAAUUCCAGAUGACAUGAGUGAGAAACUACUCACUCCCACACAUACGUGUUGAUCAACCCACCUCCUGACACCAGGCUGGAGCUCAAUGACAUAGUGUAUAUCAUCCGUUCGGAUCCCCUGGGCUACGCCCCUAAGGCUGGUGGCAGCAGGGAGAGUCUGGGAAGCAGCACAUGUCUUGGGGAGCACACCAAGACAGAGACGCCUUUCUGAUCCAUACUUACACACAACCUGCCCAUACUGUCUAUACUGCCUAUACUGUGCUGGGGUUAGCGAUCAGUAUAAUUUCAGAACGUAUCACCCCAUACUGUAUCUGCUGUUCAACUGAUACGGAUGUCUUAAACUCUAUCUCUCUCUUUCACAAUGUGGCCUUUCCAGAGGAUAUACUCAAUGUAGGAACUUAGGGGUUUUAAAGACACUCCAUGGGGUCUUUGUUUUCACGUUUGGGGUGUGAGGGAAAUUGAACUGUUUAGGAACGUUCUGCAAAGUCCACCUCUGUUCUUAGUAUGCCGUAUACUCCAUAUUACCAUAUGUACUGUCUAUUUAUUAAUUUGUAGCAUAAUAUGUCAAUCAUGAAUUGUUAUCAGUCCCAAAAUGUUUUGCAUGUCAGUAGCCAAGUUGUCAAGAUAUUGGAAUUUUAAGGAGAAAAUUGUCUCCAGA